AAGGAACGCGCAGAUCUGCUCGCAUCAUCUCGACUCUCUCUACCUCCGUCUCGUUUCGAACCUAUCAUACAGAGAGAGCAGCACAGGGAGGAGGAAGGGAAAAAAUGCUGGAAGGGAAGGCGACGGUGGAGGACACGGACAUGCCGGCGAACAUGCAGCUGCAGGCGACCUCGGCGGCGUCCAAGGCCCUCGACCGCUUCGACGUCCUCGACUGCCGGAGCAUCGCGGCUCACAUCAAGAAGGAGUUUGACGCCGUCCAUGGCCCAGGAUGGCAAUGCGUGGUCGGCUGCAGCUUCGGCUGCUACUUCACGCAUAACAAGGGGAGCUUCAUAUACUUCAGGCUGGAGUCGCUCAGGUUCCUCGUGUUCAAAGGCGCCGCAGAAAAAUAAAAUAGGGACCUCGGCCAUAUAUAGCAGGCUUAGCAGCAACCAGCUGCGCUGCUGCGGGGAGCGUCUUCUCUUUGUGGUCUCUUGAUCUCUUGAUGGUUUACGGUGCGGCGGUUACUAUGAAAGCGAAAUGUGCUUGCAAGAUUAGAUGCAGCUGCCAGCUGCCUGGUGCGACCGCGCUGCAGUUCGCGAGUAGGGCGUGAAAGCGUUGAAGCGUGGGAUUGAUUUUACAACUUGGUUGUACAUACAUCGAAAUAAUUUGCCGAAUUGUUCUCUUGGAUCGAGAAAUAAUUUGUUUGGUUUGUUGUAGCA